AUGGACGAUGCAGGAGAGAGCCAGUGUGUGUAUAUACUACUUAUAACAGGAGACAAAAGUGGCGACAUUCGCUCUCAUAGUCUGGUUUUCAUGGACUCUCUAAGACCUCACACAUACAACAAGCAGAGCGGUGGUAUCUACGACGCAGAGGGUGCUAGCAACACUAUGGCCCUCGGCUCCACGCAGCCAUUGAAUUUCGUCGGCAGUGCCGUCCACGGCGGUGGAUCAUGCCAGAUCUCUGUCACCUACGACGAGAAGCCAGCAAAGGACAGCGUCUGGAAGGUCAUUCACUUGAUUGAGGGAGGCUGCCCGGCUCAAGGCGUCGAAGGUAACCUCGGCGGCGGUCCCGACACACCUGUCCCAGAUGAUUACAGCUUCAGCAUCCCCGACAGCCUUCCAACUGGCAAAGCCGUUCUUGCUUGGACUUGGUUCAACAAGGUCGGCAACUGCGAGAUGUACAUGAACUGUGCGCCAAUCGACAUCACAGGGGGCAACUCAAAGUCAAAGCGCGACACAGCCGCCUUCGACGCCCUCCCAGAUAUGUUCACAGCAAACAUUGACAACGGCGGCUGCGCGACCAAGGAGGGUGUAGACCUUAUAUUCCCUAGCCCCGGUGACUCCAUCGACAAGCUCGGGUCAGGUAGUGUUGGAGGUCCGGUAGGAAACUGCCAGGCUGAUGGAGGAUCCGGUGGUGGCAGGGGUUCAUCCGAAGCCCCUUCGUCGACACAGGACCCCUCCUCCGCCUCCUCCGUCUCCACCGUUCUCCCAAGCGGCGAUUUUGUCACAGCCUCAGCCGGAAGUAACAAGCAAGCAAGCGAAACUGCCGCCCCUGUUGAGACUGCCGCCCCAGUUGCCUCUGCUGCGGAUGUGGACGUUCCAGCAAAUAACAGCUCCGACACCACCGCUGGUAGCUCUGAGACCGCUGCUGGCUCAUCUUGCCCAGACCAAGACGGCACAUGGAACUGUAUCAGUGGAACCACUUUUCAACGCUGCGCUUCUGGCGAGUGGUCUGUUGUUCAGUCCGUCGCCGAAGGAACCACAUGCGAAGCUGGUAUCUCUCAAAACAUCAAGUUUGUCAACGUCGCCAAGCCAAGACGCGCAGUCCGCUUCUUGAACGAGCAUAUCCGCCGUCACCAGGCUUACUAUUCGUAA